AAUGGCAUUAAAUGGUAAAAUCGCAGUAGUGACCGGAGCAGCCCAGGGAAUAGGAAAAGCAAUGACGGAAAAACUCCUGCAAAAUGGUGCCAAGGUAGCCCUCCUGGAUGUGAAUGAAACUGAAGGAAAUAAUUUAAUGGAAGCCCUCGAGAAAGUGUACGGACGGGAGAGAACUUUGUUCCACAUCUGUGAUGUUGAAUCAGAGGAGCAGGUGAAAGCUGCCUUUGAGAAAACCGCAGAAACCUUCGGAGGAAUAGACAUCCUGUGCAACAAUGCUGGAAUCUUGAAUGAGACUGCGUGGGAGAAAACUGUCUCCAUAAACCUUAUGGGGGUUAUCAGGGGGACUUACCUGGCUCUGGAGCACAUGAACAAGUUGACUGGAGGUCGGGGAGGGGUCAUCGUCAACACUGCAUCCAUGGCAGGUCUCGGCCCUCUACUAAGCUGUCCUGUCUAUACAGCCACCAAGCACGGGGUGAUCGGCUUCACUCGAGCCAUGGCGUCUGCCUCUACUGCAUCAGGCUAUGGUAUACGGGUCAACGCCGUUUGCCCAGUUUUUGUUCAAACUGACCUCUUCUCUACCAUUCCUUCCAAUCUGGGGCCCUACUCCCACCUGGCUGAUGAAACCCAACAAGUAAUAGAAAAGUUUAGGGUUUUAAGUGCGUCUGAGGUAGCAGACUGCCUCCUCGAGCUGGUGACAGAUGAGACAAAGAAUGGAGAGGCCGUCCUGGUGUUACCACAAGGAAGGAAAUACAUGACUUUUCCCUCAUUGAUCCAGUAGCUCUUGGCAAUGACAAACCACAACACCGUCAUACAGAACAAACCUGUAUUGUUUCUCAGUGCAAAAUAAGGACCAGUGUGUAAGAUUUAUGGGUAUAUUGGCAGAAAUGGAAUAUAAUAUUCAUAAGCAUG